AAGCGAAAGGAUGUGUCUUUGGAGAUCGUCCUAGUCGACAUACCGCGGAAUACAACGGAUCCGGUCUUAUUGCCCAAAUCCUUGGGACCAGUUACUAGUUGGUUGGGAAAUUUGAAGCGGUGCAGACGCACUCCAAGGAGAGGAGACUGAUACCUACACCGAUUGCAGUUCAUCAGCCAGUUAGUUGUUCGGUCUGAUAGCAAUCCAAUCCGAUCCGAUCCGAACCGAAUCGGGGAACGGCAGUGCGGUAGUGAGUAGCAGCCAGCAGGUUAUUUAGAAGUAUAUUAUCCGCAGCAUCAUCGCCAAAGUGCAGACGACUCUGUGGAAUCGCCAACGAGCUGAACUGACUCGUGUCUGGCUCUGGAGACUGGAAACUGGAGCGCAUAUUUGCCAGAAGUGUGGGAGCAGAGAGCAUAAUAAACUAAGUGAUAUUAGUGGCGGUGUGUGAUAGAUGGAUGGUUGCUUUUGCUUUUGGUGAAUUGAACCGCGCUUGAUUGGUAUUAAGUGGAAGAGUGGAAAAUUGGCAUGAAAUUGGAGAUUUUUUUUUGCGCGCAUACAGUCAAAGCAGAAAUAAGAAGAGGAUCGGCUUCGACGUGUCGGUCGAUUGGGUGGAAAUGUUGUGGGAGCAAACGAGCUCCGGUAAUCUAAUGUGGAGCAAGCAGAUCGUGGAAAAAUAGUAGUGAUCAGUGGGAAGCUGUAGAGUGAAAUUUAUUGCAGCAUUACGUCCAUCCAUUAGAGUGCAUCCAAUAAUAAUUGGAAUCACGUGAAAGAUUGCAUUGAAGGUUGAAAGUGAAGCUGUCGAUAUAAUAUCAUUGACUGCUGUGAAUAUUUUGACGUGCUGAGUGUGCUUUUAUCUCAAACACACUGUUGGUGCUGAUAUUCAAGCGUACGAUUAGUGCUGUAAACUAAAUUUUCUCAAUGCAGAUUGUUUUCAUAUCUGCAAUACGUUAACAAACGAAGAACAGUGAAAUCAUUGAACUAAUCAAUCCACAAAUCCAAUCUAGUAUUGUGGUUAGUCUUAGCCCAAAAACAGCUUGACUAUUGUUUCAUAAAUAUAACCCGCAGCAAAAGCUACCGAACUGAGAUUACUAACAGUGAAUCAAAAGAAGCCAGAACGCAACUGUGCAAACCAGCAGUAAAUUAAGAAAAUAACGUGCAACAACGCCUGAAAAUAUACUCCAUUUUUCCGCCUUUAUUAAUAAUAUCUCGCGUUCCGGAAGCGCCAAAAAGCAGCAAGAAAAACAUUUGGAUAUUGUGCUGCCCCGUGUGCCGUCGACGUCGUGCGCGCUAGUCGUUCUGCUUUGGGCAUCAAGUUGAGGCGCUGCAAAAAAGUGGUUAUCCUCAGAAGCAACAAAAAAGUGAACAUUACAUCCCUGCUCAGAAUGUACUACUGUUGAAUGGACCCUCCAGCAGGACCAUUGAUGAUGGCUGGAGAGUGCUUUUCUAUCCUUCGGUUCAGCGUUUCCUAGUGCCCGAAUUGCGAAAGGAUAAAAGUGGCGCACACAAAAAAAAAAAUAUCAAAACAUUUCCCAUACAAUCAAAUAAAAUCACUUUGCACACCUCUCUUCAUAAACGGAGUAAUAACAUUGGCAUACCGUCGCUUGCCGCUAUACUGAAUGUAUGAAGGUUCCUAGUUCAGGUCCAGGCAGCUCAAAUUGCUAAUAUCAACAAAAACAGACGACGAGACUUUGUCGACGACACGAGCGUGUGAGCAAGUUGUGGGUCUCGUGUGAUGCCAAUUCAAUCUGACGGGGGAGGCAAGUAGAAGAAGAAGUUCAGCAGCGAUUCAGGCCACUUCCCAGCCCCGGAAUUGCGUUGUUGGCUGGCACCGAAGCCAUUAUUAAAGUGUGUUUGGAUUUCUGUGAGUGUGCCGGUUUUCUGACUGCCGCCGUGCCGACGAGGACGACGAGACGUUGAAGUUGGGAGCGCGCGCGAGUAAAAUCCCUUUAACAAAGAGCAACAGCACAGCACAACAACAGCAGCGUGCCGCCAAAAAGGGUUACAGGAUUUUCCACUCACCACCCACUUAGAGUAUCAAUAGCAAGUGGAAACGAACCAGGCUGAUUGGGUGGCUGACUGGCUCGUUGGUUGACAGGCUGCCGUAAGAUCAAAUUCGUAGUGUGUAUUUGUGUGUGUGUACGUCUGUUUUGGUGGGAGAAAAAACUCCAUUAUAACGAACCGGUCGACUGAUGCUGGCUGCUUGUCGUUUUUUUGCUGCUCCCCAUUUUAAGUGAGGGUAAGCGAAUUUUAAGGGUGCAGGAAUAAUAAAAAACAAACUCAGAAGAGUGUGGGAAAGAGAAACUUUGGCGAUCCUGCCGUGUUGUGAAAAACGCUGUUGUUAGCAGAGAGAGCGUAAGUAAGUAAGUGAGUGAAUGAGUGAGUGCGAGGACGAGAGAGAAUUUUCCGAAGAGCACAAACCUCUGCACUCGUCGGGAUUCAUUUAGGUGAGGUUAACUGACUAACGAAUUGUACACACAGCGGAGCAGAAGAAGAGGCAAAAAAAUAGCCGAGAGUGGAAAAAUAACAGGCUAUCCUCCGCACACCCUCACACAAACACAUACACACAGCGGGAGGAGAGACUUACUUCUGGAGGAACCCGACGGUUGCCGAGAGCUCGUAUAAUCAAUUGGCAAACUGGGCACCUAUGGGACAGCGAAACGCCGAGGGGCAGGACAUGAGACUCCUGUGAAAAGCUUAACCUUCGGUGACGUCAAACGUCUAGUGGCAGGAAUGCACAGCACUGAAAAUGUUGCUGUGGAGCCGAUCAGUGAUCACACAGUCAAUGUACAGUCAGCUCAACGAAGUCUCAACGCCGCCGCCAGUAGUGUUGCAGCUAUGGGACACACGACAGUUGCACCGAACGCACCGGCAAUCCAAUCAUCGAUCUCAUCCGCGCCGAAUCUCAUCGGGAGUACGGCCCUGGCCAAGGAUUGCGCCGGCUGUGGGAAACGCAUCACCGAGCGAUUCCUGCUGAAGGCCUUAGAUCUGUUCUGGCACGAAGACUGCCUCAAGUGCGGAUGCUGUGAUUGCCGGCUCGGCGAAGUCGGCUCGACUCUGUAUACUAAAGCAAACCUUAUCCUGUGCAAGCGGGAUUACCUGCGGCUGUUUGGCACAACCGGAUACUGUGCCGCCUGCAACAAGGUGAUACCGGCCUUCGAGAUGGUAAUGCGGGCCAAGAACAACGUCUACCAUCUCGAGUGCUUCGCCUGUCAGCAAUGCAAUCAUCGGUUUUGUGUUGGUGAUCGUUUCUAUCUAUGUGAUAAUAAGAUUUUAUGUGAAUACGACUACGAGGAGCGUUUAGUGUUCGCCAGUAUGGCAUGUAAUCCAUCUAGUUUAGCGCAUAUACGGAGGCAAGUUAGUAAUUUACAGCCAGCCGGAGAAAAUCUCAUCGGUGGUGUCAGCGGUGGACGUAUGCCGGCAGCCGUUAAUCGACCUGCAUACGUAGCAGACAAACUGGGCCUCUCCCAACAACAACAACAAGGACCCCAACAGUUACAACAGCCACCCACAUCGGCAGCUUCCAAUCAGCAAACACACCACCCCCAGCAAUCGCCACAGCAACAAUCGGUAGCACAACAACCGGGUAAUCAUCUGCAAAACUCAAACUCGCAGCAAUUACAACAACCGCAGCAGCAGCAUCAUCAUCCCAGCAAUCUAGGGCCGCACCGGGACGACGGGUCCAGCGGCUAUGGGAGUCCCGAUUCGGAAACCUUCGAGACGCCCUCCUCCCAAUGACGACCGGUGCCCUGAUUCUGUGAGGCGAGCGCCUCGAUUACCUAGCAGCAUCAGCACCAGUUCCAUCCCAACGCCCGAUUGCUGACGCCGCUGCUGCUCAGAAGACGAGUGGUGCGAUAGCUUUUCGUUAGGUCCUACCGUACGAAGGUGAAAGCCUUCCGCAUUCCGAUCCCAAAGGCAACGGAGCCAAUCCAGAAGCAAUGCAUAGUUAGUUUUUUUUAGAUGAUUCGUUAACUUAUGGAAAAUAUAUAAUGGAAUGGCUGAAUGGAACUAUGAUUUUCAAAUUCAUUGACUAUCUUUUGGAAUCAAAAAAGUUUAUUUUUCUUUUAAGAAUAACUGCAUUCAUUUUAUCGGCUUUGGUUGGGUUUUCUAUAGAGUAAGGACUCUUUUUUAUAUUUGUCUUUGAUUAGGACGUAUCUGAGAUCAGUAAUAUUAGGGAAUAAGUUCACAGCGUUUUUAGAUUUUGUUGUGUUGACAAAGAAUGGUUCACUUUUUUUAAAGCGAAAACAUUCAUUCGACAGAUUUCAAUCUGCUCUACAAAACUAUGCUGGAUUUUAAAAAUAUUCAGUUUUUAUUAGUUAAGGGGCUUAGAAAUUAAAAAUUCAGGAAGCGUAAUUCACCGUUUUUGACAGCUGCUGAUUUUGGCAUUUCAUCAAGGUCAACAAGCAGAACGGGACGUUUUCGGCGGGAAUAAAACCGAAAAUGUGUAGUUUGGUUGGCGUUAGGUCUGGGAAUACGGUGGAUGCUUAAAAAGAUCCCAUUCGAUAUUAUGAAUUGCGUCCUUCGACGACAAAUGCAAAAUUGCGAUUUGCGUUGUCAUGAAAGAGUACGGCUCGACAAUUUCAAGCGCUAUUUGGGCUAGUCGUCAAAAGCCGCAAUACAGGAGCUGGAAUGGGAAGUCUUUAGGUUUCCACCGUAUUCCUAAACCUAACACAAAUCAAACAACCAAUUUUCCGCGCUCCACCCGCUGAAAACGUCCCGGGUUGCUUCCUGACCUUGAUGAAAUGCCAAAAUCUGCAGCUGUCGAAUACGGUGAAUUUGGUCUCCUGAAUUUAUAACUUCUUCUUGUGGAGCAGAUUAAAAUCUAUCGAAUAAAUGUUUUCGUUUUGCCAAAAAGCGAGCCAUUCGUUGUGGAGACAACAAAAUCUAAAACCGCUACGAAUUUCUUCCCCAACCUAAUAGCACCUAAUAGAUACCAAAUUUCAGGAUCUCUAGAUUGACUUGGAGUGAAAAUCUCGUUAUAGUUUAAAUUGAAUCAUAAGUAGCGGGAAUGAAUUAAUGCCAUGUUUUUUUGUAAAAUCGAUAUGACACAAUUCAUGAUACUCAAAUCAAGCCUGGGUACAUUUCAAAGAUUGUGUUCUCGAAGUCCCCACGAAAAAAGAAAUGAAUUGUGUUCUUCUUUUAGAAACUAUAGCUCAUAUCAUCUUUCGGUAUUGGAAGUACUUGAGUAAAAUCACAUCUAGUUCGAUGAACUUAUAGAAAAUCAAAGUAUGUAUGUAUGUAUGUAUGUAUGGUUCCCCCAUGCAUCGGUAGCAAGGUCUAGCCUAUAUCUGUGUGGCUUGGCCUUCGAAUUACUUCUCAGGCUUCCACGGCUGAUGGUUCGUCGAGAGAAGGCAUCCAACCUUCAGAGACCUACAAUGGUUGGCAAUCCACUCCGCUUGCAAUAGUCUCUUCAGAUUAACCCCAGAACAAUUCCCUUUGAAAUAUAUAAUUAUUUAUACAAUGAAACACAUCUUACCUGUCGGCUACUUAUGGGAUUCGAACCCAAAAGUUUUUUUCUUGCCGAUACCGGGAAUCGAACCCAGUACGCAUGGGUUACCAGACUCGCACCAGCUUAUCCACUAGACCACAUCAGCGCUAUGAAAUUAUAAAAAAUCAAAGUAUACACAAAAUUGAGAAAAAAAGUUUUUUCUUUCACUUUUGCUAAAAUAAUCUGCAUAUAAGAUUUCAGCUUGAUAGGACCAUAUUUGGAAAUAUUGAAAACUAAAAGUCGAACACGAAAUUAUUGCGACACCGAAAAUGUCAUGCUAAUUUUCUAAAAAUGUUUAGAAUCAAAUCAAAAUUUAAGGGUAGUUUUAUACAAAUAUUUACUUCAAAAAUGAAAAGAAAAGUUAAUCGAUGGAGCCUUCAGUUUAAAAUUUAAUACAUUUUUGCUUGAUGCCCUCCAUCAAAAUCUUUACAGUGUCAUCCGAUACCAGUUUCUCAGUUUUUCCAUUUUCUUAACAUGUCCUUCUUGCCUUGGCUGUCUUCUUGCUCUUCCGAAGUUCCCGCUUCAUUAUUGCCCAGUACUGCUCUAUCGUACGCAGCUCCGGACAGUUUGUCGGGUUCAUGUCCCUUGGAACAAAAUGGACAGAAUUGGCCUCAUACCACUCCAGGACACUUUGAGAAUAGUGGCAUGAUGCCAAAUCUGGACAAAAUAGCGAAGCUUCGUCGUGAUGUUGCAAGAACGGCAAAAGGCGCUUCUCGAGGCACUCAGAUUUGUAGAUCUCGCCAUUUACUGUGCCCUUCGUCACGAAAGCCUCACUCCUGAAUCCGCCCAUAUUUUGUCAGCUUCUUCUCGUAGAACUUCCGUGCCCGAGUUUUAGCCGUCGAGCUCAUCGCGGUUUGGGAAGUUCUGUACCUUUUAUGUAUGUAGUCCAGCUCUCUUCUUUGCAUUCUGGACGUAGCUCUGCAACAUGCAGAUCAUUUUAGCCAAAUCUCGGCUUGAGACGUUGGGAUUUGCUUUGAUCAUCCGCUUCACCUUUCCCUCCGUCUUUUUGUUCUCCGGUUCCGGUUUUUUUCCUGCUCCUUUACCGUUGUCCAACGUCAACCGCUCCUGGAACCACUCCAACACUCUGGAGACGGUUGAAUGGUGAAUGCUCAACAUUUUUUCCCAACUGCCGGUGCGACAGGUCAGGAAAUUCCAAGUGUUCGGAAAGAAUUUGUUCUCUCGACUCGCGUUGGUUCACCUCCAUUUUCGUUGAAUCGAAAAACACGACUUCGAGUUUGACAGCAUGUAAACAAUACACAUCAAUAAGAAAGUGUGCAAAUUUUGGUUGAUUUUUACACAAUGGUAAAAAAAAAUUAUGCCCUGUUGAAUAAAGAUAUGAAAUAUGAUGAAAAUGAGCGAGAAGAAUUUAAUUUAGAAGCGUUUUCAUAACAAACUGAAUUUUUGUUCAACACGGGCCAUCAACAAAGAAGUGGUAGAUACAGAUAUACUUGGAUCUACCUCCACACAUUUGUAGGCCAAACGUGGUUGGCCCUACAAACAGUUUUUUUUUAUUUAUUAGCCAAAUCAGUCUAUAAAACAAGAACAUGGCAUCAUAACAUAGAUGAAGGUUGAAAUUUGGUAUGCGAUGAAAAUGCUUUUCGCUCAUUUUCAUCAGCUUUCAAUUCUUCUAACUUUCUAUCCGUCUAUUAAAAAAAUCAUAAUCUUUAAAUACUCCUACUUAAAACUAAAAUAAACUUAUUAACGAUAAACUAAUUUUCAGAAUCCCAAAUUCAAGAACAGUCAGAACUGAGGAUGAAGUAUAUAAUUUCGAAUCAUAAACCGCUACUCCAAUAAGAUUAUUUUGAAAUUCUGAAAUCUUAUAAAGUGAAGAUUGUUCGUAUCGGUUAAAAAAAACUCAAAAUUUGUGCUGGUUAUAAAUUAGCGAGAAUAAUUUCCACAUUUUUUUUGUAUUAAAUAUUUUCACUAUUCUCAUCUCUUAAUUAUUACC